UCCAAAAGGACACCAAAUGGCGGAUGAUGCCAGUGCAGUGGGAGGGCCCGGAGGCCCGGGGGGCCCCGGAACGGGAAGCUGUGGUGGCUUUCGUGGAGGUUUCAGCAGCAGCCUCCGAGGCUGGGGUCGUGGCCGGGGUCGGGGGCGAGGCCGCGGAGCUCGCGGAGGCAAGUUCGAGGACAAGGAGUGGAUGCCCAUCACAAAGUUGGGCCCCUUGGUCAAGGACAUGAAGAUCAAGUCACUGGAGGAGAUCUAUCUCUUCUCCCUGCCUAUCAAGCAGUCUGAGAUCAUCGACUUUUUCCUUGGCGCCUCUCUGAAAGAUGAAGUUUUGAAGAUCAUGCCUGUGCAAAAGCAGACCCACGCUGGCCAGCGGACUAGGUUCAAGGCAUUUGUUGCCAUUGGGGACCACAAUGGCCACGUCGGUCUAGGUGCUAAGUGCUCCAAAGAAGUAGCCACUGCCAUUAGGGGGGCCAUCAUCCUGGCCAAACUGUCCAUCGUCUCUGUGCGGAGAGGUUACUGGGGGAACAAGAUUGGCAAGCCCCACACUGUCCCUUGCAAGGUGACUGGCCACUGUGGCUCUAUCCUGGUGCACCUUAUCCCUGCUCCCAGGGGGCACUGGCAUGUCUUGGUCCCUGUGCCUAAGAAACUGCUCAUGAUGGCUGGCAUUGAUGACUGCUACACCUCAGCCAGGGGCUGCACUGCCACCCUGGGUAACUUUGCCAAGGCCACUUUUGAUGCCAUCUCUAAGACUUAUAGUUACUUUCUUGAUAGAUGGUCUCAGAGUUUCUAUGGCAACAUUUAA